GAAUGUCACCCACUCCACCACCAACAUCAGUUCCGUAGUCCACCACGAUGAGACUUCGCACUUUUCUUGCUCUGAUUCCUUCGGAUUUUCGGGGACUGAAAAAUGAAAAGCAUGGAAAAACCCGUACUUUCCUUCACUCAUCACUCUCCAAUCUUCUUCUUCUUCUUAUUCUUCUUCAUGAUUAUCUCCACCAUUAUUUCAUCAACUUCUUCAGUUCAAUCACGACCGACCAAUUUUCCCUUGCCCCGAAGUGUCCCGCGCUUCCUUGGCAAAUUUUCGAACCAAAUCGAAACCAAACCGAAGAGAUGGAUUCACCAACCGUACCAUUACGAGACCCGAUAUUUCACGCAGAGACUCGACCAUUUCAGCUUCGCCAAGCUCCCGAGUUUCUCGCAGCGGUACCUCAUCAGUACCGAGCACUGGUUGGGACCCGCCCGUCUUGGGCCCAUCUUCGUAUACUGCGGUAAUGAAGGUGAUAUCGUUUGGUUCGCCGCCAACUCUGGCUUCAUUUGGGAAAUCGCUCCCCAGUUUGGCGCCAUGGUCGUUUUCCCCGAGCAUCGGUAUUAUGGAGAGUCAAUGCCAUAUGGAAGUGGAGAAGAGGCAUAUAAGAAUGCCACCGCAUUAUCUUACCUUACAACCGAGCAAGCACUCGCAGAUUUCGCGGUUCUAAUUACCGACCUGAAACGAAAUUUAUCGGCAGAGGCAUGUCCAGUUGUCUUAUUUGGAGGAUCAUACGGAGGAAUGUUAGCCGCAUGGAUGAGGCUCAAGUAUCCUCAUAUUGCUGUAGGGGCACUUGCUUCUUCUGCCCCCAUUCUUCAGUUUGAGAAUAUUGUGCCUCCGGAAACAUUUUAUAACAUUGUAUCAAAUGAUUUCAGGCGCGAGAGUACCAGCUGCUUCAAGACUAUAAAGGAAUCUUGGGAUGCAAUAACUUCAGAGGGCCACAAAGAGAAUGGCCUUCAACAGCUGACCAAGACUUUCCACUUUUGCAAACAGCUAAAUAGCACAGAUGAUCUUGUAGACUGGUUAGAAUCUGCUUAUAGUUAUUUAUCAAUGGUGGACUACCCAUACCCUGCUGACUUUAUGAUGCCUCUGCCUGGAAAUCCAAUAAGAGAGGUUUGCAGAAGGAUUGAUGGUUCUCCUAAUGGAACUAGCAUUCUGGAACGCAUCUUUGCAGGAGUAAGUGUCUACUAUAACUAUACUGGAAAUGUUGAUUGCUUUCAAUUGGACGAUGAUCCUCAUGGCCUGGAUGGUUGGAACUGGCAGGCAUGCAGUGAGAUGGUUAUGCCAAUGUCUAGCAGCCAGGAGACGAGCAUGUUUCCAGCAUUUGAGUUUAACUACUCUUCAUAUCAAGAGGGAUGCUGGGAGAGUUUCCAGGUGAUACCAAGGCCUAGAUGGAUAACAACAGAAUUUGGAGGACAUGACAUUGAAACCACAUUGAAGAUGUUUGGAAGUAACAUCAUAUUCUCAAAUGGCCUAUUGGAUCCCUGGAGUGGUGGCAGUGUUCUGAAAGAUAUAUCUGAUACUAUUGUUGCUCUUGUCACGAAAGAAGGUGCUCAUCACUUGGACCUGCGAGCUUCAACCCCAGACGAACCUGACUGGUUGGUCGAUCAGAGAGAAACUGAAAUCGAGUUCAUAAAAGACUGGAUAGAUAGCUACCAUGAGAGACGGAAAGCAACUUUCAAGCUGUGAAUAUUGUGUAUAGAUAAAUUACAAACUCGAACUCUUUCCAUUUUCCUAGUUGGCACUUGAAAACAUGCCUUUUCAUAUAAUACUCAAAUUUCUUUUGUUGCAAGUCA